AUAUCUCCUGGUAUAACUGCGGAAGAGUAGGACACUUGCUUUCAAACGAGUGACAUGAAAAAGCUGAAUAUUUCGGCAACCUUGGCUAUUGCAGUUAUAACCAUUAUUAUAAAGUGCAAUGGAAAACGUUUCUUUCCUGCAAAUGUUUUUAGCGUGCCGAAUAUCAGAAAGUUUUACACGGACAACACGACUAUAUGGACUAUGCUAACAACACAAAGCAACGUUACAUGUAAAGUCGAUUUGGUGGCUAAUAAGUCUAAGACUUCCGUUUUCUUUGAAAGGCAUUACUGUUUAGGCAAGCAAUGGAUCAAUGAAACUUUGGAAGGGACAUUCAUAAAAGCCAGCCCUUUUGCUAAAAAAGGCGCUCUUGACGCAAUGCUAGUGCACCCUCCAGGCGUUGUCGGACUCAUGGUUGAGCAGCUACUAGUUACUAACAGGAAUCGUACUUGCGGUGUCUUCAAAAUAUAUCGUCAGCAACUAUGGGCCAGCAGAGACGCAGACGCCAUCUAUGAGUUGCGUGUGCGAAAUCCAAAUAGUACUGAGAUUGAGAAGAAAUGCAUGAACAAAUUCACGAAGUACAGCAGUCAUAAAGGCCGAAAGAUAUACUCCUCUCAUUGCAACGCCAAAAGUUACGACUGCAGCAUUUUGCCUGAAUGAUGUGUGUUCGAGACUGAUAAGUGGUGGUUGUUUUGAAUAAAUUAGUUUUGACAAUGACA